CUAAAUCACAUCCGCUUCGUCCUGCUUGACUGGUACGACGAUUCUAUGUCUCUUCUUGUCGCUGCUUUAACCUCGUUCUGCGAACUCCUCUCCGGUUGUUGGAAGACAGCAAUGGCUAAAGCAGGAAGUUGUUUCUUCAGGAUCGGGUACUUUCUAUACACACGGACACGGGUGGGAUACUAUUACCAUCAGAAAGAGAUAAAGAAGGCCAGAGAGAAGUUGGAGGGAGCAGACCAUUCCAACACAGAACCUACCCUGUUCAAUGAUCUGUCCAUCCUUCCUAUUCCCAUGCUGUUAGAUAAUUAUGCCUAUCUGAUCACAGACAAGGCUUCCAACAUGUCUGUGGUGGUGGACCCUGGGGACCCAGAACCAGUGCAGAAAGUUCUGACUGAUAUGAACAUCACCCCUGAGGCAAUACUCAUCACCCAUAAACACUGGGAUCAUAGUGGUGGGAACGAAGCCAUGAAGUCUGCCUACCCAAAUGUCCGGAUCUUCGGAGGAACAGGUGACCAUGUGCCCAGCAUUACCAAUGGUGUUGUGGAUGGGGAGAAGCUGACAUUUGGCGGUCUGAAGUUCACAGUCAUGUUGACGCCUGGUCACACAGUAGGCCAUGUGGUCUAUCUUCUAGAAGGUCUUGGCUUUGAAGCUCCUGACUGCCUGUUUUCUGGGGAUCAUGUCUUCCUCGGUGGAUGUGGUCGAAUGUUUGAGGGUACGCCAUCCACCAUGCUCACGUCCCUCGACAAGAUGUGUGAGCUGCAUGACUCCACACUCAUCUGGCCAGGACAUGAGUAUGCAACUGAUAACCUGGAGUUUGCCUGCCAUCUUGAUAGUGAAAACUCAGAUGCAGAGGAGAAGCUGAAGUGGGCUAAAGCAAAGCGAGAGCAGAAAUCACCUACGUGUCCUUCUACUGUUGGAGAUGAAAAGAAGUAUAACCCAUUCCUGAGAACCGGUGAACAGUCUGUGCUGGCCCAAAUGGGCAUUUUAAACAAGGAGAACUUUUCAACCCCAACAAACCAAGUCAGGGCCCAGGCUCUGGGGGAAAUCCGUGAGAGGAAGGACAAGUUCAAGUACAAACUGUGAUCCUCGAUGUUACAGCUGAUACUGGUUUACUCCUCUGGACCAAACACCCUGUUGUACAAGGUUGUCUAAGUUGUUGCCUCACAUGUUUUUUACAUUAACACACAUCAACUCUUUUUAGCCCAGAGACAGUUUUGUGCAACAUGGAGCUGGCCCCAGGGGUCAUCUCACAGCAAUAGCAUAGCAACAUGUGGAGAAUGAAAUACGUCCAAGAACAUGAUUCUAGUGUUAUGUUGGAAAUGUAAUAUCUCUCAUUUAUUUUAUACCAAAAGUGACAAUGAAUUUGAUUAUCCUUAUGUUAGCAGCUUUAUUUUUGUUAGAUAUUGAUAAAAUGGCACUGGGUUUUUUUUUGCUGCCUCAAAGUAUCAUUGAUCUGGAAAAAGAUCAAGUUUGAGCUUGCCUGUGUCAAAGGCUAUGUAGUUGUGUACUGUUUUUCUGUCUACCUGUCUGUCCAUACUUUAACAUUCUCAACAAUUAAAGCCCAAA